ACCACUAGUAGAAGGACCCAUCGCCGGAUCGCCCGGUGUAAUUAAGCUAGUUUCCGCGCGGCGAUCGAACGAGAGACAAGAGGUUUAGCUGGCGUCUGGUUUACCGCGUCUACUCGGAGCUGCCAGAGUAGCCAGCUUGGUAGCUGCGAAUCGAUCGAGCUCGAUUGUGGUCAAGGAAAAAAGGAUCAAUCGAGGAGAUGAGCGGCGGAGGAGGAGGACCGGCGGCGGCGUCGCAGGAGCUGCAGCUGCCGCCGGGGUUCCGGUUCCACCCGACGGACGAGGAGCUGGUGACGCACUACCUCUGCCGCCGCUGCGCCGGCCUGCCCAUCUCCGUGCCCAUCAUCGCCGAGGUCGACCUCUACAAGUUCGACCCAUGGCAGCUCCCAAGAAUGGCGCUGUACGGCGAGAAGGAGUGGUACUUCUUCUCCCCGCGCGACCGCAAGUACCCCAACGGGUCGCGGCCCAACCGCUCUGCCGGCGCGGGGUACUGGAAGGCCACCGGCGCCGACAAGCCCGUCGGCACGCCCAGGCCCCUGGCCAUCAAGAAGGCGCUCGUCUUCUACGCCGGCAAGGCGCCCAAGGGCGACAAGACCAACUGGAUCAUGCACGAGUACCGCCUCGCCGACGUCGACCGCUCCGCCAACGCCCGCAAGAAGAACAGCCUCAGGCUGGACGACUGGGUGCUGUGCCGGAUCUACAACAAGAAAGGCGCGCCGGAGAGGCCGAGCGCCGGCGCCAAGGCGAGCCCCGGGCACGCGGCCGUCGGCUCGCCGCCGGAGCAGAAACCCGCCUUGCUGCCGCCCUACGCGCCGCCGCCGUUCUCGGACCUGGCGGCGUACUACGAGGUGCGGCCGUCCGACUCGAUGCCGCGGGCGCACGCGGACUCGAGCUGCUCCGACCACGUGCUCACGACGGCGUCGUGCGGGAGCGACCGGCCGGAGGAGGUACAGAGCCAGCCCAGGAUCUCCGACUGGGAGCGCACGUUCGCCACAUCCGGCCUGGGCGUCAACCCGGCCGGUUCGAUGCUGGCGGGGCAGCAGCUCGACACGGCGGGUGGGCUCCCCGCCGGCGACCCGCUCCUCCAGGACAUCCUCAUGUACUGGGGCAAACCGUUCUGAGAAACCGGCUCGGUGCCUGUACGACGCAUGGCUGAGAGCCUGGGAUUGGGAUUUCGAUCGGGGUUCCUCGGGCGAGCCGCCAGAAACAAUCGUCCGGAGAGAUUUUCCAGCCGUUGGAUGGAUGAUACUGCACCGUACGACGGGUUAUGGAUGGCGGCGAU